UUAUGUCAAACCCUAACCGCGUCGGCUGCCGUGGCUGUGGUGGCACGGCUUCCUCGCAUGGAAUCGUCGCACAGCGGCCGGCCAUCUCAACACGACAAGAACCUGCAUUUCCUCUCGUCUAUACAAGUCUUAUCCCGCGCCCCCGACCUUUUCGCCGAUCUAUUCGUGUAAAUACAACUUUUUCCCCCUAAAAUCUGGGCGUCGCUUUCUAAUCAACUGAUUUGAUUGGAGUUCUUGGUCAAUCUUAAAGUAACCAUCCCAAAUUCGAAAAUUUCUGCCAAGUUAAAGUUCGAUUUUUUUACGAUUUCAUUGUCACUUUCCCUCAUCUCUACAAUGCCGCCGACCCUAGUUUUUACGGAGGCGGUUGCCAGCUUCCUAUCAUGUAAAGCUCGAUCUUUACAACACGGAGCUGGGAUUUUCCGAUCGGCGGGACGACCUAGCGGCCCGGAUAGCAGGUUGGGGCGAUUCGAUCAGGCGCGAUGUCUGGCUACCUUGGCUCGUUCCGGAAACCCUUGCGUCGGUAGUUCCGCCGACGGCCUCCACGUUCUGCCGAUUGGUACUUCCCGUGGUUUCGCUCAAACUCGACAGUUUCUCGGAUUUUUUUUCGGAGAAGAUUGUCCUGCUCUUUCAAAGGUCUACAAGGAGCGACGGACCAUUGGGUACUCUCCUGAACAGUUGUUUAAUGUGGUUUCAGCAGUCGAUAUGUAUGAGGAGUUCUUGCCAUGGUGCCAGCGGUCUAGGAUUGUCAAGCGGAAUAGCGAUCGAUCAUUUGAUGCGGAGCUUCAGAUUGGUUUUAAGUCCUUUCUUGAAAGUUAUCUUUCUCAUGUGGAAAUUGACAAGCCAAAACGUAUCAAGACCACUGCUUCAAAAAAUGGACUUUUUGAACACUUAAUUAACAUUUGGGAAUUCACUCCUGGUUCAGUUCCUGGAAGUUGUGAACUUUACUUCUUGGUGGAUUUCAAGUUUCAUUCGCCACUAUAUCGACAGGUUGUAUCAAUGUUCUUUCAGGAAGUGGCCCCUCGUUUACUUUCAUCUUUUGAAGAUCGCUGCGGCAGAAUCUAUGGUCCUCCUGUCCCAGUUCUUGAAACCUCUUACAGACAAAACAUAUAAAAUUUGAGUAAUCUCUCAAGCAGAAGUCGAUAGUUGAUUCCAACAUCUUGACUAGCAAACUUCCUCGGAGACAAACUGAUAUUAGAGUUUAGUGUUCCAACUGUGCAACUUUUUUGAUGAGGUUAACUUGUAGAAGCACCUUUCACCCCAUUUUUUUUCAUUUGUUCAUUUCCUGCUCGGGCUCCCUCUGGAAAAUUCUCCAAAGAUUGUUUGGAGAGUUACCAAAAGCUUGAAUUAUCAUGUAGACAGUUUAAUUAGAGCUAUACAAACAUCAAAAAUACUUGUUGCGAGCA